AUGAAGGGCCAGGCGAAACUCAAACUCUUCGUUUUCCACGGAGGCCCCGCGCCGCGCCGCGUGGUGAUAUACCUAGCGGAGCGCAAAUUCCCUCAGGAUUUCAUCGAGAUAAUCCCCUGCACCAUUUCCGCACCCGGCGCGCCAGCCGAAGCACCUGGGAAACCCGCUGGAUCGGUGCCGGUGCUGCACGACGAGUCGACGGGGUUCAUUCUGCGCGAGUCCUUGGCCAUCAUGGAAUACCUCGAGGACCUAGCGGAGGCACAAGGGCUCCCGACAAUGCGGGGGUCGACCCCUGAAGCGAGAGCGAAGAUGAGAGAAAUGCUGGGCCUGGUCGAUGCGCUGACGGUCGAUAUCGAGUACGCGCCCGUUUUCGGAUGUAAGCUGUUUGCAUCGGUCGUCGGCGGCGAGUCAGAGCAGUCUGCUGCCGCUGUGAGAUGGCUGCUAGGUCGUGCGCACCAGAGCAUCAGCAGGAUAGCUGAAUAUGCGGCCCCUGCUGGAAGAACGCCGUCGCUUGCAAAAUUCGAUGGGGACUCGCAUGAUGCGGAAGCGAGGGUCAGCACCGCGGAUUGCGCUCUCUUUGCUGUGUUGCAAUACGCGGAAAACAUGUUUGGUUGGGACUUGACUGAGAGGUAUCCGCGGUUGAAGCAGUUCUACGACGCCUUCCAGCGUCGUGCGAGUGCUGCUGUGCCGGAUGGGACAUGGCCUGCUCAGCUCACGGACUUGACGAAGGAUUGGAUUGAUUAUUGA